UACCCUAGAACUUAAAGUAUAAUUUAAAAAAAAAAAAAAAGAAAGAAAAAGAAAUCGUGCUGGAGGCCAAAUAGCAACCCUGCCAACACAAGGAAGGGCCAUGUGAUGUUCACCAAGCUCCCAAGCCACAAUUCUCUUUUCCCAGAAUACUUUGCUCUUUGAAGUGUAGUCUUCCUCACCUUCCUGCCAACCUCAGCCCCUGAGUCCGCCUGUCUACCUCUCAAGAGAAGGGGAAGAGAGACUAAAUGCCCCUUGCAGGCCUGUCCCUUUGAACCAAGCCCUGAGAACCCUUGCAGCUGUCCUCCUGUGUACCCUCCUCACAGCCCCACACACAGAUGGAGAGCCCUGGGAAGGGUUUCCACAGUGCAUUAGCUCCAAAUAGUGCAAGAGGACAAGGAGCGUGGCCCUUCCAGCCUCUGUCAAUAAUUCAUGAGGCUCAGACUGAGGAGCACCAGUCAGAGUCGUUUUUCCCUGGACAUGGGGAAAAUUAUACUUAAGCUCUCUUAUUUCAUGGGGAUGUGCUCAGUACCAAAGCAGAGUACUGCAGCUGUAACUUCUUGGCUGAGGAAAAUACUAUAAAUCCAGUGCAGGCCUGUUCUAGUACUUGCUUGCCAUACACCCCUUUUGAAUGCUGAAAUCCUUUUUCAGCUGCUCAGUUGACCUGCACGUAUACUAAAUGAAUCUUGAGCAAACAUGAAUUCUAUUAAAAAGUCAUCCCUAGAACCGGAUUUCACAAAUCAGGACUUUUCCCUGCUAAUUAUAGGGAAAUAAGGCUGCAAAACUGGUGAUUUCACCAACAACACAUCUCUAAACCUACCCAUCUGCUUUCAUCAUCUUUUCUGAAAGAAAACACUAACACACACACACAAAAAAAGGAGCAAACGUAUACUCCACAAUAAAGGACUGUUAAAUAAACUUAGCUUCAUGAAACUCACUAUAAUGUUUCCUUUUCUCAUGUUGCCUUACACUAGUGAAAACGUUGCCAUGGACCAGCACUGCUUCUCAGUCUGGCCUUUGGAGGCCAGUGGGUUAAACCAAUUCUGAUGCUUACAUUUGCGUCUGUUGGGGCCUUUCUACAGUGCACCAUAAGCCAUCCACAUUUAUUGAUUCUCCCAGAAACCUAGGAGGGAGAUCACUUCAGCCCACUUGGCAGAAGUGGAGGCUGAAGUCUUGGACACAGAAUUUAUAGCUAGUAAGGACUUUAUUCAUCAUCUACUCCAUACCCUCAGUAAUUUACAGAUGAAGAGUCUGGCUCAGGGCACCAAUAAUAAUCACUACAUGGUGGCAGUAACUACUAUGUGCUUAUAGCUUACAGUUCAUAAAGAGAUUUUGCAUUCAACAAAUAUUUAUUGAACUAGGAUGGAGGCUAAGACCUGGGGACAUAGUGGUUAGGGAGAACUUGAGUGCCCCCAGUUCUCAGCAUUUCCACCACUGCUCCAGGGACUCUGCAGCCUCCUCUCUAGCACUUAGCCCAGCCCCUGUAAAGGAGGAAGUCCCUUUGGCGAGGGAUGUGAGAUGCUGUUUGGUCAAUGACCAUAGUCUACCCUCCAGGGCCCAUGAAGAUGGAGGAGACCUUGGGCAGAGUGAAGGGCAGUGCCAGGCCUGGUUCAGCUACUCCCUAUCACUCCCUCUCCCAGGCUCCUCCAGCCUCACCUGGUGGACUCUAUGAGGACCACAGGACUCACCUCCAUGGGCAGUCUCAAAACAUUUGCCCUCCUGUGGGCUGUCACAUACAUUGACCCAGACUUUCUUGGAGAAGGAAUUCUGAAGAAGCAAAAGCAACUCAAAACCCCCACUUCCCGCAGAAGAAAAACGUGGGCAAGCAGAUGCAGAAGGGCAGUGGCCAAAGUCUGCGGGUUCCUGCGGGGUCCAGGGGAGGGGCGAGCCCUACAGAAAACUUGAACAGAGAGCGCUUUGAUCACCCGCCAGCCUGCCAGCCCAGAAGGCAAGCCCCAGUCAGGCGGAAGGUAGCUGGCUGCGGGGAGCGGCGGCGGAGGGAGGCGCCCAGGGUCACAGACAACUCAGCGGGCCGAGGGCAGGGAGGGGGUGGCAGGGAAAGCGGCCCGCCCUUCGUCCUGCUCCCUUGCCCUACUCUCUGUCACCUCCGCUGGAAGGAGUGGAAUCCAGACUUGCUGGUCUGAGCCAUGCACAAGGCGGGGCUGCUAGGCCACUGUGCCCGGGCAUGGAAGUCGGUGCCGAUGGCCAGCUCCAGGAAGAACCCCCCGGAACCUGCUCGCUAACAAGGUGGCCCUGGUAACGGCCUCCACCGACGGGUGAGUGCUAGUGCUGGAGUUUCUGAGGCCCUGGCUGCCUGCAAACAGGCACUGGUCUUUCAUCCUUUGCCUCCAGUGCCCCUGUCCUCAGACCUCACAUGCGGCCAAAGUCUGGCCCUGGAAAAAAGUAGCCACGUGGUCUGCCUGAACCCCCUCCGAAUCUCCUGGCCCUGGGCCCUACCUUGCCAGCCCUCGUGUCCCUGCUGCCUCUGACACAACCGUGCCACCUCUGUGCAGCCCCAUCGACCUCGUCCUCGCCGGGGUUCUGGGCUGCCCCAGUCAACCGGCUCCACCUAGCGUCCGGGAAGACCAGAAACUAGAAAUGUGAGGGAACCUGGAUUUCAAUAUCCUAUCCCAGGGUCUCCAGCACUUUGAAAAGGUACCAGACACUCUAUUUGGGCACCAGAAAGUCUCCAGGAACCCCGCCCCCUUACCUAGAUGAGACACAAGAGCUUUGUGUCAAGAUUUUUGUUUAGCUCAGUACAUCUGGGCCUACCUUGUCCAGCCUGUUUCUCACCCACCACUCUUGUCUAUCCUGGUUCUCAUUUCUACGGGACUUUGCUAGAUGCCAGCUCUCCGCAAAACUAAAAUACAAAUGCAAGUAAAAUGCUAAUGACUGACAAGUGCAGAAUGUGUAACUCUUCCUCCCAAGGCAAUGUUUACAUUUUUGACCGGAGACCAUCUUCUCACAUGCACCCCAAAAAAAUAACUAAGGAUAGAAUUUUGAGAAUGUGGUAGACUAGUAAGAAAGAAACCUGGGGGCAAGGCUGUUCUGAGUGAGACCUUCAAAUCACGGAAGUGGCUGCUGCACACCCAGCUCAUUUGUCACCUCUCAGUCCCAACAGGGGAUGAAGCCUGUCACCCGUGGUGGGAACUGUAGAAAGUGAUGUAAGUUCUUGGGAACUGAGGCUGUGGUUCCAGAUCAUAAUAAAAAUAAGUGAGCGCCAAAAGGCCGUGCCAUCAAGCCUGUUUCACACAGAGUAGAGACACGUGGAGGUCAUAUAGGGAGAGAGCCUGAAUUCAAACCCGGGCAGUCUAACUUCACAGCCCAUGCUGUCCACCUCUUCCCCUGCACAGGCUUUGGCAGUCUUUGUGUCUUUCUGCUCACAGGAUCCGCUUUGCCAUCGCGGGCAUCUGGCCCAACACGGGCUCCACGUGGUUUUCAGCAGUCAGAAGCAGCAGAACUCGGCAGCCACCCUGCAGGGGGAGGGGCUCAGCGUGAUGGACACUAUGUGCCAUGUGGGGAAGGCAGAGGACUGGGAGCGGCUGGUGGACACGGUGAACUGCAGGGAAAUGGGCAAAGAGCCAGGAGGUAGAAAAAGGAGCCAGCCUGAGCCGCCUUCCCUGCUUUCCUGGACAGCCUUGGGCUUCAGUCCUUACAAUGUCAGUAAAACAGCCUUGUUGGGCCUCACCAAGACCCUGGCCAUAGCGCUAGCCCCAAGGGACAUUAGGGUGAACUGCCUAGCACCUGGACUCAUCACGACUCGCCUCUGCAGUGUACUCUGGAUAGACAAGGAAAAAGAGGAAAGAAUGAAAGAAACUCUGCAGAUCAGAAGGUUAGGCGAGUCAGAGGAUUAUGCUGGCAUCUUGUCUUUCCUGUGCUUUGAAUAUGCCAGCUACAUCACUGGGGAGACAGUAGUGGUGGGUGGAGGAACCCCGUCCCGCCUCUGAGGACCUGGAGACAGCCCAUGGGGCAGUGUUGGGCUCUAGCUCCUGGUGCUGUUCCUGCAUUCAUCCACUGGCCUUUCCCACCUCUCCUCACCUUACUGUUCACCUCAUAAAAUCAGUUCUGCCCUGUGAAAAGAUGCAGCCUUCCCUGCAGUCAAGGUGGCGUCUUACUCGGGAUUCCUGCUGUUGUUGUGGCCUUGGGUAAAGGCCUCCCCUGAGAACACAGGACAGGUCUGCUGACAAGGCUGAGUCUACCUUGGCAAAGACCAACAGAUAUUUUUUGCCCGGGCCACUGGGGAAUUUGAGGGGAGAUGGGAGAGAAGGAAGCUGGAGUGGAAGGAGCAGAGUUGCAAAUUAACAACUUGCAAAUGAGGUGCAAAUAAAAUGUAGAUGAUUGUGCGACUUUGAA